ACACUUUACAUCCAGUGCUGAAAGGAACAAGAACCUCUUGUGCCGUGUUCAGGAGUGUCUUCUAUCACAUCGUUCGUUCACUAGUAAUAAAAAAGGUUAGUUCUUCAACUGUUUUUACAACUCAUUUGGUGGCGAUUGUUACUCCUUGUCUAGUGCAGCUUCCGCGUGUCAACUCACAGCUAAUCACAAUAGGAGAGGAAUGACGCCGCGUUGGGUGCUGCUGUGUCUGGUGGUGAUCGCGGUUGGCGUGACCAGUUCGCCGAUCAGUUCGCCAGACAGUUCGCCAGAGAGCGCAGAUGCAGCGAGCGGCCGUCAGGCGGUAGUCGCCGCCGCCAGCCCCGACGCGGGAGCGGCUGUAGCCGCCCCUGCCGCCCCCGCACCCGCCAGCUCCUCAGAAGACGACGAUGACGACGACGAUGAUGAUGAUGAUGACGAUGAUGUCGACCUGGACAUCACCGAGGAUGACGAUGAUGAUGACGAUGAUGACGAUGACGGCACGGCCAGCGACGAUGACGAUGAUGACGAUGAUGAUGAGGACUACUUCGAAAGGUUCUUUGACGAUAUCCUAGGAGUUUGAAGAGGAGAGACGCCUCCGCCACAAAUGUCUCAAAAACACUCUAAGCCGUUCGAUGUCCUCUACUCAUCCUUUCUUGAGGAGCGAGAUUUUACCAAAGACCAAUAUUUAACACUAUUAUUCAUGACGUGCCUCAAUAAUAUUUUCAAAUAGCAAUUACAUUAAAAUUGUUGUGGUACUGUAAAGCGAAACUGAAAAUCAAACUUAGCUAUGUACUGUAAUGUAAUAAUUUAUGCAACUAAUGACUUUUAUGACGCACACAGAUACAUUGUGAACUCAGUCGAUUCUAUUAAUUUAUCUAUUUAUUUGUUGAAUGCCAAGUGUAAGUGAUAAUUUAAGAUGUGAAUGUAAUUUAUUUUUAUUAUUUAUUUUGAAUAAAAUGCGAUGUGAUUUAUAA